UUGAGCGUUCUUUUCUUUCUCCGAUUUUCGGCGGGAAGCGGCAAUCACGAUUAUGAAUUAAAUAAUUCGGUAGAAUGGAAGUUGUGAGGAGAUCACAUUCUCUAAUGCGCCCAUUCCGUCGGGGAUAUGCCGCCAUUUUCAGCCCUAAUUCUUACUCCAUUUCCGCUUCUCCUCAAACCCUUUAUCCAUCCACAGAUGAUCAAACCCUUUUCUGCAUUCUUGAAUCAUGCAAGCUUACAUCCAGUAUCAGAACUGCAACUACUGUGCACGGUAAAAUCUUAAAACAAGGAUAUGAAAUGUGCCCCUCACUUUUGUCCAGUUUGAUUAAGGCAUAUGCAGCUUGUGACAAACCCAAAUAUGCUCACCAACUGAUCACUGAAAUAUGUUCAAGGAGUUCUAAUGUGAACGCUGCCAAUCUGUUGAUUGACAGUUUUGUGAAGAAUGGGGAAAUUGAUACUGCCAAGAAAGUGUUUGACGUGUUACCCAUUCGAGAUGUGGUGACAUGGAACUUAAUAAUUGGAGGUUACAUAAGAAGCGGAUUGUUUGUGGAAGCAAUAGGUAUGUUCGAAGAGAUGCUUGUAGCAAAUAUUGACCCGGAUGGAUAUACUUUUGCUUCUGUGUUAACUGCAUGCUCAAAGCUUGGCGCUCUUAACCAUGGAAAGUAUGUGCAUGGUCUAAUGAGGGAGAGAAGGAUUGAACUUAAUUACAUAUUGUCAUCUGCCCUGGUGGACUUGUAUUCAAGAUGUGGAAGAAUUGAAACCGCAAAAUCUAUAUUCGACACUGCUGAUAAAACUGAUGUUUCGAUUUGGAAUUCAAUGAUAAAUGGAUUAGCAAUGCAUGGUCUUGCUGCAGAUGCAAUUUCAGUGUUCUCGGCCAUGAAAGGGGAUAAUAUUACACCUGAUCCUGUAACAUUCAUUGGAAUCAUCACAGCAUGCAGCCACUGUGGUCUUGUUCAACAAGGUCGCAAGUAUUUUGAUAUGAUGAAGAAGGAUUUCUCAAUUCAACCACAACUUGAGCAUUAUGGAGCAAUGGUUGACCUGUUUGGACGGGCUGGACUUCUAGAAGAAGCUAAUACUAUUAUUAGUGAAAUGCCAAUGGAGCCUGAUGUGGUUAUAUGGAGGACUCUGCUUAGUGCUUGUAGAACUCACAAGAACUCUGCGUGGGGUGAAUUUGCUGUUGGCAAAAUGAAGCAUCUCUCUAGUGGAGAUUAUGUUCUGUUGUCGAAUAUUUAUUGCUCGGCUAAGGAAUGGGAUAAUGCGGAAACUGUAAGGUACUCCAUGAAUAAGAAGAGAGUUCAUAAGAGUGUCGGAAAAAGUUGGGUUGAAUUGCAUGGUGCCAUUCACUACUUCAAGGCAGGUGAUAGGUCACACCCAGACACUGAACCAAUAUACAGAGUAUUAGAAGCUUUAUCCCAUCGCUCUAGAAUGGAAGGAUAUGUCCCUGCACCAGACUUAGUUUUGAUGGAUAUAUCAGAGGAAGAGAAAGAAGAAAACUUGAACUAUCACAGUGAAAAACUAGCUUUGGCCUUUUCUAUCCUAAAAUCCAGUCCUGGAACUGAAAUCUCAAUUUCUAAAAACCUGCGUACCUGUCUCGAUUGCCACUGUUGGAUUAAAAUUGUAUCGAAGGUACUGCAUAGAGUAAUCACAGUGAGGGAUAGAAUUCGAUUUCAUCGGUUUGAAAUGGGCUCCUGUUCCUGUGGAGACUAUUGGUAGCUAAUAUUUAAUGUUGUAAGUCAGCCCUGCUGUUUCCAAUUAUGCAUAUGAGGGAAAACGGAGACCACAGUGGUCAUCAGAUGUGGUACUCUAGUAUAAUUUGUAAACUAUGUAGUUAAGGACCAUUCGUUGGUUAUGUGAUGGCUGCUGCAACUAGGACCACCAACCAUGGCAACAGUUGGAGAAUCUAUGAUAAGCAUGUCACUGUUGGAGCUCAAUGAAAUGUUUGUAGGUCUUGAGCAUAUAUCAGAAAGAGCGGAAUGAACUUCUCAUAAGUAGGAAAUGUGGUCGUCACUGAAGAAAAUAAAUUUACAGUAAUUGCAAACUGUAGUACUUCAUACUGUGACCAACAAGACUGAUGAAUAAAUGAAUGGUUACAAUAAAUUUGUUUAUCCCCAGACCCAUCCUGCUAAUGCAGGAUACAGGGUCUGCCAUGAACAACAUACUUCUGUCCGAAACUCUCCUUCUUGUGUAGUUUGAAGUUUAUGAGUGAAGACUUUUCUGCCACCCUGGCACUUGUAACCUUAUGGAAUAGUCUUAUUUCUGACAGAACAAGAAGAGAUCUCUUACCAAAUGCCAUACUAUUUUUGUGUCUGGCGGAUCUUAAUUGUUUAAUAGGAAUCUUAAAUGUCGCUGAAGAUGCAAUCUGCAUUUGUUUAGUAUCGAUCUAGAUUGCUCUUUGUGGUUUUAUGUUCCAUGUAAGACUUCCGGACAGCCUUCUUCAUUGUUUAAAAAAGCAAUUAGCUUUUGUCUCACCUGUAUUAAUCCAUACAACAUCAUACUUAGCAUUUACUACAAGGUAAAGUCAGAUUCCUGGUCUUAUUUAAGUCAGUGUCCGGAUGUCCAAGUAGAUAUGUAGUUGUGCAUACAAUGCCAAUUACUCAGUUUACAAUACCAUUCUGACAUAUACUUGCUACUUUUUUUGUUUUUGGAGUAGCAAAGGAAGCUGGAAAACAACAUCAAAGGUACUCUAUCGAUAGUCGAUACAGCCAUGUACCAAGUAUGAAUUACAUAAUUUGUGAUCUGGGAUGCAUCGUGAUCAACUAGGCAUUUUGAAUUGGAACUAGCUGCAGUUUGCCUCCAUAGAUCUCCGGCAGCUGGUUUUCGUCUAUUUCCUCCAGCAGAGUCUCAUGCAGUCUCUUAUCAUCAACAAACACGACCUUGUACAAUGGGACACCAAAUCAAAUGACCGCACUAUGCACUAUGCAGUAGAAGAAGCUUUCAGUAAAAACAGCUGCAAGGUUUGCACGCAAGUCGCUGUUACAGAAUCCAUAUCCAUGCAGGUCUCCGAUGAUCGUGAACUUCUCCACUCCAUCAGGAAUCCUGCUUUCAAGAAACAGACUUUAGCACUUGCGGUGUUGAUUAUUUUUCCACUACAAAAGAAUUCAUAUGCCUAUGUGUGAUUUUGAAACUUGCACCAUCAGUCAAUCUAACUCAUUGUGUGAUGGAAAAAUGCAGCACCUUUGACACAGCUUAUCAAGGGAAAACACCAAGAAACCUAGAAAUUGAACCACGGCAUGUCAGAAACGAAUAGUUGAAGAGUAAGAAGAAGCAAGACCCACGCUUGAAUUUCUCAAGGCCUCCUUUCCUGGGAAGAUGUCUAGAACCAAAGACCAGGGAAAUCGGGCGGCCUUUCUUAUCUGUUCCCUGCAGAAACAUCUUGUUCUGAGCAAACUCAUUUGGCACCUCCGAUUCUGAAAUGAAACCCUUUGGAACGAAGGAUUGUCUCCAGCAUAAGCACUUGAUUAGCAUUGCCGAUCCUUUCUCCACGUCCAGAUCGCGUGCGCGGAGAAACCUUCUCAGCGUUAGCUGGUCUACAUCCUGCAGCUUAUCACAUUUACUGCUUGCAUCUUGCAACUGCCAUGAUUUAAUUGCAUUACAAGCUCUAUCGAUCAUAAAUUAAUUUGCAUUUUUGUAUCAUCUAUUCUGUCAUUACAAGCUUAUCACAUGUGAAAGUCAUGAUUACCUAUUCAUUUUGCAAGAUCAAUUGUUUUAACUUUUA